AUGUCCAUAACUAAAAAAGAAUCACCACCGAAUUCGACCACAAGACCCGCAUGCAUGCCGAGUAAGAAAGACGACGGGUUUCUCCCGCCAAUAAACCUUCGGGCAACACCUAGUAGUGACUCUGAUACAGAUUACCGGAGAGACCAAAAUGGACGCAUGCUUUUAUCCAAUGAAAAUUCUUCGUUAACCCCAAGCCCGGUAAAACUUCCCAGUAUUGGUCGCUCAAUAUCCACAAGUGUUUCUAGUCUUACCAGCAAUCGAAGGAAAGAAAAAGAUAGGCGCGAGUUGUGUCGUUCCCCAAGUUGUCCUUCAAAUAUCGGUGGAAUAAUAGAUGACCUUGAAAAUGGUCCAGAUGAAACAGAUUCAUCCCGGUGCAGUAAAGACGAUUCAGACGUGAAGCUUCCAGAUAUUUUUAAAGACAACAGUAAAGCGAGUUAUGCUAGUUAUGCGACUCCCAGAACGGAGAGGAAAAACGGAAAUAAGAAAAAACCGGAAAGGGAAGACCAGUUGCUCAAGUCACGUGACGCUAGUCCAGAAAAACACAUAGCUGAAAAGAUUGCUAUGGGAAUGAAAUGCAGCCAAUCGGACAGCCCAAGAGGUGACAAUCUCGAUACUAAUCGAUCUACCCAAUGUGCCCUUCUCUUGCCAUUACGGAGAAAUUCAAUGCGUAAGUCAAAACGAAAGCGGAAGAACUGUGCUCAAAGACAAAACACCCAGAUAAGUGUAAAAUCGGAAAGUGCCGCUAGUGACGGAAAUAGUGCUAGUGAUAUCAUCAUACCUAGCUCAAAAUCAGAAUACGAUUAUGACCCAAUGCGACAUGAUGUACCUCAGAAUCUCAGUGAGUCAGACAUUGAUCUCAAUAGUGACAAAAGUAGUGAAGGCAACCCAGUGCACCCAACCUAUCACGUGACCAAACAAAUGUCCAAUAAACAUCAAAUAAGAAUGAAAGAUAUGGCCAAUGUCAAAGUUUAA